GCCAUAUCGAAGGACGAUGGUCCCACUCCUGGGCGCCCUGCUCCUGGUGCUGGUGCUCCUCUCCUUCUGGAGACUGGCAAAGGGGAAAGCAGACCCCAGGCCCAAGUACCCUAGGAGCCUGCCCUGCCUGCCCAUCAUCGGGAGCCUGCUGCAUCUGGCCGGUAACCCCCAGCUCCACCUCCUCUUCCACAGCCUGCAGGAGAAAUACGGCAGCCUCUACUCCCUGAAGAUGGGCUCCCACUACGUGGUGGUGGUGAACCACUACCUGCAUGCCAAGGAGGUGCUGCUGAAAAAGGGAAAGACCUUUGCCGGCCGGCCCCACACCGUGACCACGGACAUGCUGACCAGGGACGGCAAAGACAUCGCCUUCGCCAGCUACAGCCCGCUCUGGAAAUUCCAGCGCAAGCAGGUGCACGCGGCACUCUCCAUGUUCGGAAAAGGGACGCUGGCCCUAGAGAAAAUCAUCUGCCGGGAAGCUGCCUCCAUGUGUGAGACUCUCAGCACUUCGCAGGACACCCUCCUGGACAUAGCCCCGGAGCUCAACCGAGCCGUCACCAAUGUGGUGUCCUCCCUGUGCUUCAGCUCCUGCUACAGGCGAGGGGACCCCGAGUUCGAGGCCAUGCUGCAGUAUAGUCAAGGCAUCGUGGACACGGUGGCCCAAGAGAGCCUGGUGGACAUCUUCCCCUGGCUGCAGGUUUUUCCCAACAAGGACCUGGCGUUGCUGAAGAGGUGCGUGGAGGUCAGAGACCAGCUGCUGCAGAAGCAGUUCAAGGAACACAAGGAAGCGCUGGGCAGCGACUCGGCCAACGACCUGAUGGAUGCGCUGCUGCGCGCCCAGCUCAACAUGGAGAACAACAACAGCCGGCUGGCCCAGCCGCUGGAGCUGACGGACGACCACCUCCUCAUGACCGUGGGCGACAUCUUCGGGGCGGGCGUCGAGACCACCAGCACCGUGCUCAAGUGGGCUGUGCUCUACCUGCUCCACUACCCAGAGGUGCAGAGGAAGAUCCAGGAGGAACUGGAUCAGAAGAUCGGCUUCGAGAGACACCCCCAGCUCAGCGACAGGCAGCAGCUACCCUACCUGGAGGCCACUAUCAGCGAAGUCCUGCGCAUCCGGCCUGUCUCCCCUCUGCUGAUCCCACAUGUGGCCCUUACGGACGCCAGCAUCGGGGAAUACACCAUCCCAAAGGGAACCCAGGUCAUCAUCAACCUCUGGUCCCUUCACCACGACGAGAAGGAAUGGGACAAGCCAGGGGAGUUUAACCCAGGUCGCUUCCUGGACGAGCGGGGCAAUCGGCUCUACUCCCCCUCGCCCAGUUACCUGCCCUUCGGAGCCGGGAUCCGGGUGUGCCUGGGCGAAGGCCUGGCCAAGAUGGAGCUCUUCCUCCUCCUGGCCUGGAUCCUGCAGCGGUUCACCCUGGAGGCCCCGCCGGGCCAGCCGCUGCCCGCGCUGGAGGGCAAGUUCGGCGUGGUGCUCCAAGUGCAGCCGUUCACGGUGGAGGCCAGGCUGCGGGCGGCCUGGCGGGAUGGCGUGUAGAGCUGCCCGCACCAUGGACCCGGCCAGCCGCUCCAGGGACACGGCCUGGGAGGCGGCUGCACAGGGCAGGGCUCUGUCCAACCCCAGGGACUGGGGUUCUAUCCCCUGGACGGGCGAAAGGCGCGUUGGUUGGGUCGUUAUUUGGGCAGGGAUGGGCCCAGUGGGUCAAUGCCCCAGGGGAAACCGCUGCUGGUGCCGGGGUGUCCGAGCCCCUGUAACGCCAGUCAAAGGCCGUGCCCUGGCUGCAUGGACCAGGAUAUAGCGUGCUGCUCCCCCCUCGUUGCUCUGCCAUGGCCGCAGGGGGGUUCAGUCCCUCGGGGGCCAGGCAGGGUGCAGAGGGGGUGAGUUGGUGGAGGGGCUUAGGGGACCAGCAGAGGCAGGUUUCCUGUUCCACAGGAGCAGAUGGGGAAAAACCCCCAUAAAGGGGCCUCGGCCCUCAGGGACCCAGCUCAGCUCCUCGGGGGGCUAGCAGUUCCACUCUGAGUUCACGCCCAGCCUUAAUCCAGAAUAAGAUUCAUGUGUAGACAAGCCCCUUGACAGACAGUAGCAUAAUUCACAGGUUUACACUACUGGAAAUCACUGAUCUGCAUAUUACGGUACAUCCUCUCUGCCUGAUGUGCAGAGGAUGGAGGCCUGUUACAGCUCCCAGCUGCCCAGAACCCCCAGAGGAAAUCGCUGGUUCAAUCCCAGCCAGGGCUUUGUCAAGCCUGACCUUAAAAACCUCUAAGGAAGGAGAUUCCACCACCUCCCUUGGUAACCCAUUCCAGUGCUUCACCAUCCUGCAUAAGUUUUUCCUAAUAUGCAACC